CAUGUUUUAUGGUUUUGUUUCAAAAACCACUUUCUUCAGGAAAAGUGGUAACUAAGCGUCAGUGGAUCAAAAUUUUUAAGCAUGCUGUUGUGGGAUGUAUCAUUUCACUCUUGUGGUUUUUUGGCCUUACUCUUUGUGGACCACUAAGGACAUUGCUGCUGUUUGAGCACAGUGAUGUGGUUGUGUUAUCACUCCUUAGUGUCUUGUUCACAAGCUCAGGUGGAGGACCAGCAAAGACAAGAGGUGCUGCAUUUUUCAUCAUAGCAGUCAUCUGCUUACUACUUUUUGAUAAUGAUGACCUCAUGGCUAAAAUAGCAGAACAUCCUGAAGGACAUCAUGACAGUGCUCUUACCCACGUUCUAUAUACAAUCAUUGCUUUCCUGGGUGUUGCAGAUCACAAGGGAGGAGUACUGCUCCUGGUGCUGGCUUUGUGCUGUAAGGUUGGUUUUCACAUAGCUUCCCGGAAACUAUCCGUAGAUGUAGGUGGAGCCAAGCGUCUUCAAGCUUUGUCUCACCUUGUUUCUGUCCUUCUGCUGUGCCCGUGGGUCAUUGUUCUCUCUCUGACAACAGAGAGUAAAGUAGCAUCCUGGUCUUCUCUCAUCAUGCCUUUCAUAACAGUCAUCUUUUUUGUUGUGAUCCUGGAUUUCUACGUGGAGUCCAUAUGCUCUGUCAAGAUGGAAGCUUCCACAUGUGCACGAUAUGGAUCCUUUCUUACUUUCAUUAGUGCACUGCUUUUUGGCAACUUUUGGACACAUCCAAUCACAGACCAGCUUAGAGCUAUGAACAAGCCACCACACCAUGAAAGCACAGAGCACGUUCUUUCUGGAGGGGUUGUAGUCAGUGCUGUCUUCUUCAUUUUAUCUGCCAAUAUCCUGUCCUCCCCCUCCAGGAAAGGGCAGAAGGGUACCCUUAUUGGCUAUUCCCCCGAAGGCACACCUCUCUAUAACUUCAUGGGUGAUGCGUUACAGCAGAGCUCUCAGUCAUUACCGCGGUUUAUUAAGGAGUCGCUGAAACAAAUCCUUGAGGAGUAUGAUUCUAGGCAGAUCUUCUAUUUCUUGUGCCUAAAUCUGGCUUUCACUUUUGUGGAACUUUUUUAUGGAGUAUGGACCAAUAGCCUUGGUCUUAUUUCUGAUGGAUUUCACAUGCUGUUUGAUUGUUCUGCAUUAGUGAUGGGGCUUUUUGCAGCUUUGAUGACACGAUGGAAAGCAACUCGCAUAUUUUCCUAUGGGUAUGGACGUGUAGAAAUUCUUUCUGGAUUUAUUAAUGGCCUCUUCCUGAUGGUAAUUGCUUUCUUUGUCUUCAUGGAAUCAGUGGCCAGACUCGUGGAUCCUCCAGAUAUAGAUACAAACAUGCUAACUCCAGUCUCUGUUGGAGGGCUAAUUGUGAACCUGGUUGGCAUCUGUGCCUUUAGCCACGCACACUCCCAUGGGGCUUCUCGGGGAGGUUGUCACUCACACGAUCACAGCCAUUCUCACCAUGGGCACAGCCACAGCCAUGGGCACAGCCAUUCCCACAGUGACCAUGGUCACAGCCAUGGACAUUCCCAUGGGUCUUCUGGAGCAGGCAUGAAUACCAAUAUGAGAGGUGUCUUUCUGCAUGUGUUAGCAGACACUCUUGGCAGUGUGGGUGUUAUCGUAUCCACGAUAUUUAUCCAGCAAUUUGGAUGGCUCAUAGCUGAUCCACUGUGCUCUCUUUUUAUUGCUACAUUGAUUUUUCUUAGUGUUAUCCCUCUGUUGAAGGAUGCCUGUCAAGUGCUUUUGUUGAGGAUACCUCCAGAACAGGAAAAGGACCUGCAUGCUGCUUUAGAAAAGAUUCAGAAAAUAGAAGGAGUCAUAUCCUACAGAGAUCCUCACUUUUGGUGUCACUCUGCAAGUGUUGUGGCGGGUACAAUACACGUGCAAGUGGUAUCAGAUGUGACAGAACAGCGAAUUGUACAGCAGGUUACAGCAAUUCUGAAAGAUGCUGGUGUAAACAACCUAACUGUCCAAGUGGAGAAGGAAGCUUAUUUUCAACACAUGUCGGGACUCAGUACAGGGUUUCAAGAUGUCCUUGCAAUGACUCAGCAACUGGAAUCCAUGAAAUACUACAAAGAUGGUACUUAUAUCAUGUGAUACAAAGUUGUGUUCACCAAAGAAGGUGUAAGUGGUGAAGCUGUAGGAUUCCAUAUUCGUAUUACCUUUUGUCAGGGGAUAUUGCACAUACAUGUACAGAAACAAAUGUAUUAUAUAUUUGGUUUUUUUUAAGCAUACUAUCUUUAUUAAAAUUGGAUCAAUCUGCUUUUAUAUAGGAAAAAAGAUGGACUUGAUUAUUUGCUGCAUAUGUGAAAAUAAUUGAAUUCUUAAAUUCUGUGCUUGAUUAUUAAACAGAACUCUUGCAGCUUGUGGACGA